ACCAUGAAUGAAGAUAACAACAAAAGAAAAAAAUAGAGAAGAAAAUAAAUUAUUAACCACAAUAAUGACUGAUUUUUCUGACAGUUUACAACAUAGUCACAUCCUUGAAGAAAUGAGUUUUCCGUUUAUAUAUGGUUUUUCACCUGUUACAGAGGAUGGUGUGCCAAUUAGAAAAUUAUUUAUUAGUAACUUAGCACAAAGGACAUCAUUUAAAGAUCUUAUAAAAUUAUUUUCUAAAUAUGGAAAUGUUGAAAGUUGUUUCUUACGAAGAAAUCAAGGAAACAGUAAUUAUGCAUUUGUUACUUUUCACACUGUAGAAGCAGCUUCAAGAGCCAGAUGUGAUUUAGAUGUAAGAUUACACAAUAGAGAUUUAAGAAUCUUUGCUGCUCAUUCAUGGCAUCAACCAGAUAGUAUAGAAAAUCAAUAUUAUAAUGUAAAAGAUAAAUCAAAAUCUGAUAAAAAAGAAACGAAUGAACAAUGUCAUCAAGAUUAUAUACAAAAUGAUAUUACAAAUACUAGUAUUCAAAUAUUAAAUGAUGACUGCUUAAUACAUAUUUUUCUUCAAUUAUCAAUUGUAGAUAGAAUUAGAAUAGAAAGAGUGUGCAAAAGAUGGAAGGCAUUAAGCCUUGAAUCUUGGCAUAGUGUAAAAAGACUGGAUUUAUCAUAUUCUAUGUGGGGUUUCUUACCUGCAUUAUUAAAAUAUAGAGAAAUUACUACAUGUACUAUACGAAAAGUUUUAUUGCGAUGUGGUUUAUAUUUAAAUGAAAUAAAUCUGUCAAAUGCUACAGUUAAUGUACAUCAUAGUACAUUACAUAGUACAUUAACUAUUGUUGGAAAGUUGUGUCCUAAUUUACAAAAAAUAGAUGUUACUGGUCUUACCAUUUCCCCAUCUGGUAUCAAUUCAUUAAUCAAUAACUGCCAUAAUAUUACAAAAUUUAGCCUUGGUUCUACUACUUAUGUUUGUGAUAUUGAUCUACAAAAAUUAUUUAAAGUAAAUCCAAAAUUACAAUAUCUCAAAGUGGAUUCUGGUAAAAUAUGUGGACGAUGCUUACUUUAUUUACCAUUAGAAACAAUUGAAGAAAUUGUUUUAGAAUGUUGUACUUCCCUUAAAGAACAAUUUUUAUCACAGGCAAUUUCAAAACUGCAAAAUUUAAAAUCCCUUACAAUAAAUAAAUGUAUUGGUAUAUCUGAUAAUGUUAUUCAAGCUAUAGGUACACAUUAUAAAAAUCUAGAAACACUAGAUAUUUCUAAUAAUUCGUUUAUUUUACAACCGAACGAUAUGUUACACAUUGCAAAAUUAACUAAUCUUAAAAUAUUAAAAAUUAGUUUCAAUUCAAGUGUUAUGGACGAACUUCUUUCCCAUUUAGCAUCAAAAUGUUUGAAACUUACAUAUCUUGAUAUUGCCGCAUGUUUUCGAGUUACAAAUGUUGGUAUAGCUGCUAUAGCAACUUUACCAAAAUUAGAAGUGUUAAUAAUGAGUUAUUUAGAUUUAGUAACGGAUUUAAAUUUACGAGAUAUGAAUAAUUUAAAAAGACUAGAAUGUCGUUCUUGUAAAUUUACAGAUCAAACAAUGAUUAAUCUUAUCGAAUCUGCACCAAAAUUAGAAUUAUUAGAUUUAUCACACUGUAGUGGUAUUACAAAUCAAACGUUAACGAAAGCUGCCACAGUUACAAUUAAUCGUACUAAUAACAUGAUUUUAAAAAUAUUUGUUGGAGGAACAGCGGUGGAUCUUAGCACAUUUGAUAAAGUAUCACCCUUCUUACAAAUAGUUAAUGUGAUUUUGCUUAUGUAGAUAUAUCUUGUAAUAUAUUUGGCAAAUUUGUACUGUAAUAUUUAACCCUAGAAAAACGUAGGCUUGAGUACGUAAAAGACCAAGGGAAAGAAUAUGCUAAAUCUACCCAAAUUUUUUAUAUUUUUGAUCCAAAAGUGUGAUUUAAAAACAAAUAUUUUAGAAUAUUUGGAUAAUUUUGAAUUGUGCGGAAUAUGAAUAGAACGUGUACAUGAAUAUUUUAUAUAAGAUUUUUCAUUAAUAAUUUAUUUAAUUAGAUCGCAAUACGAUUAUAAAGAUAGAUAUAUUUAUAUCGCGAUAUUGGCUUGACACAUGAUUAUUCACAAGUUUCGCAAAUUACUGUAAUAUUUGAAUGUUUUGUAUUGUUAUUGCACUUCUCGUUAUUAUUUUUUAAACAUUCUGAACUUGAAUUUUCAUUUUCAGUUUAUUACAACUAAUUAUGAUCAUAAAAAAUAUUAUUUUCUUUAUUGACUCGAUUUUAUCAUUAACAUUACUAUAAUCAUUGUUGCUGUCAGAUAUAAUAUCAAAUAUGAAAUAAAAUAAAAAUACAAUUUACAAAUCUCGAAACAAAAUUCAUCUAUACACUUUUUUUAAGACUCUACGAAUUUGCUCUAUUUGUAUAUUUUAAAAUAAAACAAUUGUUUCGACUGAUUCAAAACUAAUAUAAGUAAACAAGAAAAAAUACAGCUUGCAACGAUAAUACAACAUUAUGCUUCAUUAUCUUUGUUUUGAAAUAUAUCUAAUGUCACGCAUCAUUGGCUUGUAUGCAGGUAGAAUAAUAAAGAAAAAAAAUAAAAAGAAAUACAUCUACCGACUUUUCCACGCGAAUCCUGAAAUUAAAAAUAACAAAUAAUUUUUUGGAAAUUUUUGAAAUAAGAAAAAUAACAUUUUUUCUUUUUUCUUUUUAAAUAGUGAGUUCAUGAAGCCUUUGGUCUUUCUAGGGUUAAUAUAUAGGUUUAUUAUAAUUUAAUGUAUAUUGAAUGAUUUUUAUAAAAUUUGUUACAAAAAAAAACAAUUGAAAAUAUCUUAAUAUUGAGAAUUAAAUGAGAAUCCAUUAUAAACCAAAUAUCUUGAUAUUACAUUAAUUUCAUAAGAAUCGAUAAUAUUUAUAUCAAUAGACUUUGAAAUUAAUCUAUAGAAAGUUCAAGGAAACAAUAAAGAAAAAUAAACAGUAA